AUGGACGAUGACUACGAAGAAGAAGUAGCAAAUCCAGCAAUAGAGUUUGUUAAGGUAGAGCCAGAAUCUCUGGAUCAACAACUGGAGCUGGACGAUAUGGAAAUUGAGGAUGUUAAAGAUUUGCAACGAAAUGUUAAGGUUUUGCCGAAAGUUCGACCUCAUACUAAUUCGAAAAUUAUGAAAAAGAAAAUCAUACGCUUGCAGUACUACGGAAAGCAUAGCCACGAUGUUUUAAAGCAGAAAAAGUUGAAACCAAUUGUUGCUGCACCAAAUUAUUAUUUAGUAAAACGACCAAAAAGAUUAACUAUUCCAAUGCCACAAGAGCUUUGCAUUGCGCUUAUAAGCAAAAUCGAAAAGGAAUCUUGUAUUUGGGACACCACGCAUGAGCAUUUCAGAAACAAAAAGAUAAAAGGAAAAGCAUGGGAUCGUAUAGCGGCUCAUUUUCAACUACCAGUAGAAAUUUUGAAAGCCAAAUGGGCAUCCCUAAUAGGAUCGUUUCGUUCUUACAAUUCACGGUAUAAAAGAGGCCAUUCUACCGAUAACAAACCAAGCUGGUUUGCUUACGAUCUAUUGAGCUUUUUGAAUAACGAACUAGAUUCAACAACAAUCGAUGAUGGACAAGAACUUCCUUCUGCAAACGAUGCCCCCGAUAGCAUCAUCAGCAGACCCAACAACAACAGGCUUCCAUCGCCACCGGAAUUCAUUACUGAAUAUUUGGAAGAGUCAUUGUUGCCUUCGAAUUCUGAACCUGUCACCAACAAUAAUACAGCAGAAAGCGACAAGCCGAAAGAUGUUCCAGAUAACUCAUGCAGUGAAGAAAUAUUACGAAUUGUCCGUUCCAUGUCUAAAGUGUUAAACAAAAUGGCCAACAUCGGUAUGUCUGUUGACUAUGGGCGGUACGUUAAUCAGCACAUGAAGGAGUAUGAUGAUGAAAUAAGACGGAAAACGGCAAAAGGCAUUAUGGACCUGAUCACAGCAGCGGAUGAAGAAAUGUCAUUAAAGUAUCCCGAUAAAUCGAAUGUACCGGGAAAAGGGUGUUCGAAUCUGCAAAGAAAACAAUAA